AUGGACCAGCUUGCCAGGGGCAAUGCCCCUCUCUCCCCGCUGCUGCCCCAGGUUCCUGGGACACUUGUUUCUAGAUCAGUGGGCUACAGGGAGGCGAGUGCCCUGCAGGGUCAUGGGGACAGCAGGUGCCCCAGCCCGCGCGUGCACGCUGCGGGCUGGAGGAGGAGGGGCGCGCGCGCGCACGCACUGACGUGCGGAUUCGCGGACGCCAGGCUCCGUCCAGAGCGUGUGGGAGCUGGCGGGAGCCGGGUGCCCCUGGACCAGCCCCUCGGGAGGAACGCGGCCUGGGGCCCGGACCGCCGCUUGUCGUCGCCUCCGCUGCAGCUGCCGGGCAGGACGGCCCUCCAUUUGGCCUCUGCCAAUGGCCACGGAGGCGUGGUGACUCUUCUUCUGGAGCGAGGCUGCCAGAUCGAUGCCCGGGACAGGAAGAAAAGGACGGCGCUGAUCAAGGUGUGUAGCAGCCAGCCGUGCCCACAUGAGGUGGAGUCCAUGUAA